UGAAAUGAAGCAGAAGCUGGAUGAGGAGGGCAACAAGUGCAGCAUCCUCUCCAAGCAGCAGAAGUUCAACGAGCGCUGCUGCAUCCGCUGCUGCUCCCCCUUCACCUUUCUCCUCAACAGCAAGAGGCAGUGCCAGGACUGCAAGUACAACAUCUGCAAGGGCUGCAGCUCCUACCAGAAGAAGGAGAAGGCUUGGAUUUGUAGUGUCUGCCAGCAGGCAAGGCUCCUGAGGACCCAGUCUCUGGAUUGGUACUAUAAUAAUGUCAAAAGUCGCUUCAAGUGUUUUGGGAGUGCCAAAGUCCUGAAGAACUUGUACAAGAAGCACAGGCUGGAGAGUGGCCUUUGUCCAGAUGCCAUAGAAGGAGGUUUUUUUGAAGGAAGCUUUGAAAAUGAAGGAAGCCUUUGUGGCAGUGACUCCACGUUCUACCAACAGACAGAAGGACACAGCAUGAUGGAUACCCUUGCUGUGGCCUUACGUGUUGCAGAGGAAGCUGUGGAAGAAGCUAUUUCUAAGGCAGAGACCUACAGUGACAGCCUGGACAAGCAGAACGAGGCUUGUUACUUGCAGGAGCACAAGGAGGACCUCAUAGAAGAGCUGGCCACAACCAUCGUGCAGAAGAUCAUAAAGAAGCAGAAGAGCAAAAGUGAGCAGGCUGAGGCUGACUUGGAAUGGCCACCGUCCAGGAGCAGCGGCCUGGCGUCCGUCGCCGCCUCAGACCAGAGCAUGCUGACCUUCCCAGGCAGCAGACGGGGCUCCUACACCUUAUGGAGGUCUCAGUCUGCAUUCUCCCUGGCUAGCGAAGAUCCACCCAGCAGAGGAGCAGACCCUGCAUCAUCUGUGACUGAGGCUCUUUGGAGGCAGCAGAAGGGACAAUUUGGGAAACAGAAGGACCACAAGCUCUCUGCAUUACCCAGCUGGAAAAGUGUGGACAGGCUAAAUGAAACAACCCCGGCGCCCGUCUUCCAGAGCAGGGAUGGGAACUGGGUGGCCCUGCAGAGCGUGGCGCCGCCCGGGCCCCGCGUGCUGGCCAAGCCCAAGAGCCAAGUGUUCCGAGCCCUGGCCAGCGAGUCCAGCGUGGUGUCGGCCUACGACGAGAUGGGCUCCGACAGCGAGGACGACUACGACUGGAACCUGGCCCUGAACCAGCUGCGCCGCAGGCCUCGCCCCCCGCCCGGCCCCUUCCCCUCCACGGCUUCCCAGGAUGGGGCUGACUGGGAGGCUAAAGGACCUGGGGAGCUCCUCUGGUUGCCCAGCAGAGCUCCAAGCCGCGCGGCCAGAGGGGAUAAAAAGCAUUUCCACGGAGAGCUGGAUGUGAACUUCAACCCCCAGGCCACCAGCGCGGAGUGCUCGGACAGCAGCGAGACCGAGGAGCUUCACUACGAUCUGGAGAAGAGAGCCAGGAGGUGGAGGAAGAACAAAGUGCUCUCCGAGGAGUUGUGUGAAGAAACAAACAGCACGACAGCCACCCAGAUGAACCUAAGCCAGGAUUUUGAUGAUUUAUCAGAAACUGAUAUGAGCAGUGAGGAUCAGCAUCAUAGCAUCAGGCCUGACGUUAUGGAAGAGGAGCUGAAGUCCAGGUUAUUUCAUCUUGCUGCUAAAAUGAGUGACAAGGAAACAUCUUCUGGUGAAGAACAAGAGUCAGAACCUAGAACAGACCCUGAAAACGAGAAGGAGAGUUUGUCCUCAGAGGAAAAUGGCAGAAAUAUUCAAGAAGAGUUAAAGAGGAAGUACUCUGCUGUCUCUCUCUGCAACAUAUCUACAGAAGUGCUGAAAGUCAUCAACGCCACCGAGGAGCUGAUCGCGGAGUCGGCGCAUCCCGGCGGGCAGGACGGGGGCAGAGGGACCCUCCCCCUGGGCACAGACCCCGCCCGCCUCGACGAGCAGCUCACCACGCUGGAGGAGAGUUCCCAGCUGGCCCACCUGGAGGAUCAGGUGGCCACAGCGGCCGCCCAGGUCCAUCACGCCGAGCUCCAGAUUUCAGAUAUUGAGAGCAGAAUAUCAGCUCUCACUGUUGCAGGCUUGAACGUGGCUCCCUGUGUUCGCCUGACAAGGAAACGGGAUGAAAAGCAAACCAACCAGAUGCACACAAUAGACACGUCAAGGCAGCAGAGGAGAAAACUUCCAGCUCCACCAGUAAAAGGUGAAAAAGGAGAUGGUUCCCCAGUUACCACGGUCAGAACGUUUAACAGGAACUUCAUCCUUCAAGGGUCCCUAACACAGAGAACUAAAGAGAGGAAAAGCACUGCCAAGGACUUAAUGGAACCUGCUCUAGGAUCUGCUGUGAUGUACUGA